UUGUUGGCUGACAUGGCUGGGGCGGAAGCCGAAAAUAGAUACCAGCGCGGGCGCUCAACCGAUAUGCACUUCUUUCUAUCGUGAACAAACCACCCAUUAUGAAUCCUGAAUACGAUUAUUUAUUUAAGCUUUUGUUGAUUGGCGAUUCUGGUGUUGGCAAAUCUUGCUUGUUGUUGCGUUUUGCUGACGACACUUACACAGAAAGUUAUAUUUCCACUAUUGGUGUUGAUUUCAAAAUCCGAACCAUAGAACUGGAAGGCAAGACCGUGAAAUUACAAAUUUGGGAUACAGCAGGACAAGAACGUUUCCGUACCAUUACCUCAUCUUAUUACCGGGGAGCUCACGGCAUUAUCGUUGUUUACGAUGUGACGGAGCAAGACACUUUCAACAAUGUCAAGCAAUGGAUGCAGGAAAUCGAGCGUUACGCAGCUGAAGGUGUCAACAAGUUACUUGUUGGUAAUAAGAACGAUUUGACCGACAAGAAGGUCGUUACCACGGAGCAAGCACAGGAAUUUGCGGACUCCUUGAGCAUACCUUUCUUAGAAACUUCCGCCAAAGAUGCUACCAAUGUUGAGCAAGCCUUUUUGACCAUGGCCAAGCAAAUCAAGGAUAGAAUGGGCUCAGCUAUGCAGCAACAACAGCAAGCCAAGCAGACCGUGAACGUUGGUCAGGGCACGUCUGUCCAGCCAAAACAAUCUGGCGGUUGCUGUUAAACUCGCCCUCAUUGCUUUUUAUUACUGAAGAGUGAUGGAAUUCCUAUCUUGUUUUUCCAUCGUGCAUCUCCCACAAUCGUUACUGUAUCUAGUCGCUGUAUUCUGACUGUUCUCCCAUGAUUUCCACAUUGCUACCGAAGGAGCAGUAAUGAUAGAAUAAACAGGAUAUUGCGAAAAAAAAAAAUCGACUUCAUUGUUCUCACAGUAUCUCAUUUAAGUGAUGAUUCAUAAAUUUUGCAACAUUGG